CUUUUUUUUUUUGUGUGUGUGUACUCUCUCAUUUUCUCACCACCCAAACAAAUAUAAAAGAUUAUUGAAGAGCAAAGACACUGUGACACUAAAACGCCAGCUCCCCAACAGAACUACCGCAAAAUGGCGGGAACCCAUUAAACCUAUUCGGCUCUUCCCGGAGCCUCACAUCUUUUUCUAUGCUAAAAGUUUCCUUUAUCCUCACAAUCCCCAAUAAACCCAAAAUUCCUCAUUUGUUUUGCCACUUCUCCAAACCAGAAUCCCCUAAAAGCCCCAACCUUUUUUCUCAUUUUUCUUUUCACUUUUGGGAAAAGCGGAAUAUGUCCACCAAAAUCGUAGCUGAGUAUGCCAAGUCUGGCAGGUCCUCUUGCAAGAAAUGUGGGAAAACCAUUACUGCUCAGGUCCUGAGGUUAGGCCUUGUUACCAGAGAUGCUAGGGGCUUUGAUAUGACCAAAUGGCACCACUUGAAUUGCUUCCAUGAAAAAAUUGAUUCCCUUGAUGUUAUUAAGGGCUUUGACUCUCUCAAGGGUGUUGACCAGGAAGCUUUAAAGAAACUGGCUGAUGGGUCUAUUAAAUCGCCUAAGCAGUUGCGAGGAAAAGAUGAUGAAGAGGAAAGGGAACAAGAUGAAGAAAUUGAAUCAGAGAAAAGCAAUACAAAGAAAAUUAAGUUGUCGGCACCUGAUGAGAAAGCUCAGUUGGACGUAGCCUUUUCUGUCUCUGAUAUCAAGGAUAAGUAUAAGGAUGCUGCAUUAGAACCGAAAUGGAAGGCAUUCCAGACAAUUAUAUUUCUUGAGCGGGAUGACGGUCUCCAUGAUUCUGGUAAAAUUGCAGCUUUUGAUUUCGAUGGUUGUCUGGCUAAAACAUCUCUUAAAAGAGUAGGUGCAGAUGCUUGGUCCCUUAUGUAUCCUUCAAUACCAGAGAAGCUGCAGAGUCUUUAUGAAGAGGGCUUUAAGCUGGUAAUUUUUACAAAUGAAUCCAAUAUUGACCGCUGGAAGAAUAAAAGGCAGGUAGCCGUGGACUCGAAAAUUGGACGUAUCACCAAUUUCAUCAAUAAAGUAAAGGUUCCAAUGCAGGUUUUUAUAGCUUGUGGGAUAAGCAGUUCUGGUGGUAAAGCUGUUGAUCCUUUCCGCAAACCAAAGCCUGGCAUGUGGCACAUUAUGGAGAAACAUUUCAAUUCUGGCAUUCCAAUUGAUAUGGAUCAAUCUUUUUAUGUUGGCGAUGCUGCUGGGAGACCCAAUGAUCAUAGUGAUGCUGAUAUAAAAUUUGCACAGGCGGUAGGAUUGAAAUUUUAUGUUCCUGAGGACUAUUUCAGAUCUUAGUUCGGGUUAGUGGAUGCCGGCAUGUAGUACUUUAUGAGUGACCGGCAUGUAGUAUUUUAUAAGUUUCAAGCUGUACUUUUUAUCUUAUCUUAUAUAUCCUUUUAACAGCAAAACCUGGACCCAAAUUGCUUGUGAAUAAAACUUUAUUAGUUUCAAGCUAUACUUUUAUCUUA